AUGCUCAAUCCUCUCUUCUCUUCCAUCUUUCUCUUCCCCUUUUCUCUUUUGAAUUACGGAUUGACUUUAGCGGCGAAGGGGCAGGAGGGGAAGGUGAGGGAGCUUGACGCGGUGCUGGAGAAAUUCAACGCGUUUAAGGUGGAGAAGGAGGCGGCGGUGGUGGAGCAGGGGUGGUGGGGGACGGUGGCGCGGGAGGUGUCGCCGGAGGAGAUGAAGGGGGAGAAGAAGGAGGAGGUGGAGAAGAGCGCCGCUGCGUAUUGGACGACGCUGGCGCCGAAUGUGGAGGAGUAUAGCGGGAGCGUGGCGAAGCUGAUCGCCGCCGGGUCAGGGCAGCUGGUGAGGGGGAUUUUGUGGUGUGGAGAUGUCACUGUCGAUAGGCUUAAAUGGGGGAAUGAAUUCUUAACUAAGAGAAUGGGGAAAGGCUCAAGUUCUGAGGUUAGCCCUCAAGCUUUGAGGAGAUUGAAGAGGAUGAAGCAGAUGACGAAGAUGCCGGAGAAGGUUGCAACCGGGCUGCUCUCGGGGGUUGUGAAGGUCUCUGGUUUCUUUACUAGUUCAGUUGUGAAUUCUGCAGUGGGGAAGAAAUUCUUCAGCCUUCUUCCUGGAGAGAUCAUUCUUGCUUCCUUGGAUGGAUUCAGUAGGGAGGGGAAGAAGAAUCGGAAGGAAAUUAUAAUAUAUAUGGAGCUAGGGCUUAAAAGAGUAUUUUGGGAAAAAAUAGAAAAUAUUGAGGGCUAUAAUGUCUACUCAAUAUAUAUAUUGUUAACGUGGGUAUUAAACUUGGCCAUUUAAGAAACUUACAUUUACUAAAUGCAUCAAACAAUAACCGAGAAAAAGAAAAGGCUACAUAAUUUGGA